UCACUUACAAUUUAUUUCUCUUCUCUUGCAACGCAAGAGGCACCGCACACACAGCACUUGAGAGUGACAAGUCUAAUACCGAAAAGGCACUAUUAGGUAAAGCUCGACUAACAGUUCAAUCGGUUCAAAGUUCAAACAGGAAAAGAUGUCAGAGAGCAACAAAAAGCCAGAUGCGGCUGGAAGCAGUUCCGGCGACAAAGAACUUGACGACCUGCUAGACAGUGCACUGGAAGAUUUCAGCAAACACAAAGAAGGAGACGGAAAAGCAUCCGGCAAUACAGAUGCGCAGCAUGAUGACCCGCCUACGGAGCAACUGUGGAAUGAAGAAUUUAUUACUUCCCAGGCUAAAAUGUUCGAGGAAAAGAUGGCAGCUUUGUUCGGAGGCGGUAGUGGAGAAGUGGAUGCAGAACAGAUCACCUUAGGGUUCCAGCGAAUCGCAGAAGCAGCGGCUAUGGCCGUUCGAGGGGAAGCAACUAAUCCAUCAACGGAAACGGUAGAUCCGACGGUCAGUCAAAGUAUUACCGAUGCCUUGCGUGGAUUGAGCGAAGGCAGUGAGAACCUGCAGACCCCAUUCAGUCCAGAGGAUAUCGCCGGAAUGUUCGGCAACAUCGAUCUGAAUGAAGGUGGCGAAAACAAUGCAUUUUUGCCAUUCAUGCAAACGAUGAUGCAGAGUUUGCUAUCAGCCGAGGUACUACUGCCGAGCUUGAAGGAUCUAACCGAGAAAUAUCCCGGCUGGUUGCAGGAGAAUGGUGAAAAGAUUCCAAAAGAAGACAAAGAACGUUACGAAAAGCAACUCAAAUUGAUGGAAGAUGUGUGUCGUGAAUUGGAGAAGGAAAAACCAGAAGAUUCGGCCGAUGAGAAGCGGGUACGGUUCCAAACUGUGCUGGAUAUGAUGCAGAGUAUGCAGGAUCUAGGACAACCGCCAGCCGACCUCGUCGGUGAUAUAGCACCUGGAAAUAUGAAUUUGCCCACCAUUGAUCCAACUGCUUUUAGCGAUCCUAACCAGUGCGCUACAAGCUAAUUGUUUCGCUCGAAUUUUCAAAUUACCGGUGGGUUUUAGUUUCAUUUAGCGAUUCGUGUUAGAUUUCUGAACCGCAUUACGCAUUAUGUUACGCAAAUAGCGAUCAAAUUUCCUGUCAUCCCUGGUAGGGUAUGAACGGUACGGGGUAUCCUACAGAGUUAAGUGUGCUAUUUUUUGUCUGUUGCUUCCCAAAAUUGACCUAGCUAUUUUCUUGUUUUAUCACCACUAUUAUCGGAAUGGUCCUGCGAUUACCAAAAGUGAUUGUUUUGCAGAUGAGAAUAUUUAUACUUUUA